AGUCAAUUAUGUCAGUGCAUUUAUGUAGACCGUACUACAAUACAAUUGCAUUUAUAAAUGAUCGAUCACAUCUUGUUGAGUAACUCUGAUACGUAUCAGUGCAUUCGAUAUUCACACCAGCACACUAAAUCGAAGCACCGAACGGGUGGAUCUGUGUUCACUCUGCCUAGGGAAAUGUGCCGCACUUUUCCGGUGCAAUGCGCGUCGAACUAAAUCGCAUGCACUGUAUUAAGCCUCUGAUGCAGGAAUGCCCGCCUUCACAGUCCCUAGAAGCUCUCUGAAUGGCUACAUGAUAAGGGGAGGAGAAUCUACUCUUCACAUAACACGCCACAAAUCAUAGAUGUUUUUUCUGCGGACGCAUUUACUCAACUCGAAGAUCCUGCUGGCUGACAUUUUAAUAAGGAAGGGCACGUGCCCAUAAGACAUCGGCCCCACUUUUCAAACGAUACAUAACGUACAUUUUGUCUGUCUUCUUCGUCAGAGCGGCUAAAUGGCGGGUACUUGGUGGAACAGUGCCGCUUUUACUCACGUCCUUGUCGCUCUUUUCGGUAUGGGUUCCUGGAUUUCCGUCAACUGUCUCUGGGUUGAACUACCCGUGGUUGUCAGAAUUCUGCCCGAAGAGUGGAACCUGCCGGUCUAUCUGUCAGUACUGAUAGCCUUUGGGAAUAUAGGUCCGAUUGCUGUGACCAUAACGCAUCACUGUGCCCCAGGACAGUUAAACGAGCGCCUGGUCAUCCACAGUAUCCAGGUUCUAGCAGUGGUGGCAUCAAUCUUCCUAGCCAUCUUUUGGUCACAGGUGGCCACUGUGGCAGGGGAAGUGAGAUCCGUACCAUAUCUGCUGCUCACGUUCGUUUUGGCUCUGGUUUGCUGUACGUCCAAUGUCACCUUCUUGCCCUUCAUGUUCCGCUACCCCCCUCAAUACAUCCGCACAUUUUUUGUUGGCCAGGGGCUCAGUGCCCUGUUCCCAUGUGUUGUGGCUUUGGGGCAGGGUGUGGGGAAAUUGGAGUGCAAAUUGGAGAAUGGCACGGUACGGGCAGACUAUCUGGAAGAGAACUUCCCUGCACAGGACUUCUUUUGGUUCCUGUUUGUAAUGCUGACAAUCUCAGCCCUCUGCUUCGUGGCUUUGACGUGUAGAGAAAUUACAGCGCCAGCAUCACAGGAGACCCCAGAGCCUGAGAUGGUGAUGACAAAGGACAAUGGGGAGGAGAACCACCCGCUCCAGAAUGGAGGAACACUGUUGUCUGAGGACCAGGUGGAGUUGGAGAAAGCAUCCCCGGUCCAAACCUUCUGGACGCCACGCAACAUCUACCUGCUGGUGCUACUAGGUGUGUCCAACGCCCUGACCAACGGAGUCCUUCCCUCUGUCCAGAGCUUCUCCUGUCUGCCCUACGGCACCAUGACCUAUCACCUCUCUGUGGUCCUUGGCAACAUUGCAAACCCACUGGCCUGCUUUGUGGCCAUGUUUGUCCUCUGCAGGUCAUCUGUGGGUCUUGGUUUUAUGUCUGUAGCAGGUGGGGUCUUUGCAACCUACCUCAUGGCUCUUGCAGUGCUCAGCCCCUGCCCUCCUCUCUUGGGGAGCCCUGCUGGUGUAUCCUUGGUGGUGGUGUCCUGGAUCAUCUUCACUGGUCUGUUCUCUUACCUGAAGGUAGUUAUAGGGACGCUGCUCCACGAGGCUGGCCAUGCUGCUUUGCUGUGGUGCGGCGUCUUCAUCCAGGCUGGCUCACUGAUAGGAGCCCUCUCCAUGUUCCCCCUGGUCAGCAUUUACCACAUAUUUGCAAGGUCUCAGGACUGUGUGGACAACUGCAGUUAGUUAGGCACCAGGAACCACAGCUAGCUGGGUGAUCACGUCAGGGAUGGAAGAUGGAACACCCUUUCCAGGCCCAGAAGGGUUGAUGCCCCCCCAGAACCCCCCGUUCUGUAAGGGCUGAGGAAAGGCAUUCCAGGGGUAAUGGGAACAUUGAGUUGCUGUGUCCUGGCUAAGGGUAUGUAAGUGCCUGUGAUGCAGUGCCGCAAGGGAUUUUUAAAAUUAUUGAUCUAGUUUCUUGGUUUGCUGAAGGAGCUGCUAUUACCGGUAUGUUUUCCCACUAAAUCAUGUGACAAGUCUUGUUUAAUCAGUGACUGAAUCAAUAACACCCAUUCAUCCAGUUUGGCUGUCCCCAGGCCUUAGAGUAAGAAACAAACGCAUUAAUGUCCAGAUUCAGAGAGACAGAAUAAGCCCAGUCCUCGACUAAAAAGCAUGCUCAAUGGAGAAUCUCCAGAGAAUGCAGAGAGUCCUGGACAGGGCUUAAUCUUUGACUUGGAAAGUGGCCCUAUGAAACUCAAAAAGCACGUUUCCAUCCACCGCUUUCAUGUGAUUUUAAAGUCAUAUCAUAUUUUUUUUAAAUCACGACAGCUGUGAUGGAAACAGGACAGGUCGGUACAAUUUUAUAAAUGCUAACAGAUAAUUUCCUAGAUCGACAAGGUGGGAUCUUUGUGUCUAAAAUUAAUAACGUGAGAAAUGGCAAAUAUUGACAAACAUCAUAUCGAAGUAAACUUGUGAUGAUAGGGUGUGUGGUCCUCCCACUACGCCUUGGAGAAACCGUGCAGUUUAUUAGGCUACAGAUUGAAUAAAUUAUUAACUUCACAGGGUGGUGAAAGUGCAUGGUGAUCUUGAUGCUUUUACUUAUUCUGGUGACAUGAUGGUCGAUGCUUGAAUGUUGUUUGACAAAUUUAACAGAUUCUCGCUCUUAUCCAUAAUCCUCUCAUGUGGACAGCCUGUCCGCACCGUAUCUGCCGAAUGUUGGCAUGUGCAAAGACCAGAAUAGGCACAUUUGCUCUUUAACGCAACAGUUUUUGUGAAGACUAUCUGAGAGUUUAGAGUAUUUGAAAAUGCGAUGGAAAUCCAUUGUACUUUAGAUUUUUAUUUUUUGCAUGAAAACGUACAUUUUGUGUGCGCACCUCUUUUUAUCCGUAAUAAGUCCGUUUGGUGGAACAUACCACUGGUGGAAUUUUUUUGUAUUUUUUUUAAUGCAGGUUUUUUUUUUUUUUUUCCGCAUGAAAAUCUGUCACCAAUUGGAUGGAAACCUAGCUAUAGACAGGUUUUAAAUACUAGUUUCUCAAGUACAAAUACCUAUCCAAAGCUAACCAACAAUUAAUGGAUACAAGUAAAUCAUUUUAUCCAUGCCAUUAAAAUAUUUAAAAUGUAACUGGAAGCUAUUCACUUUCAGCCAUUGACUGAAAUGUUUAAUUUUAGUCCUCUACGUGUUAUUUUUAAUACAAAUGCUGCCCAAAUCCACUUUUUCCCACAUUGCUAAAAUCAAGGGCAGCCAUUUAGUAAAUUGACAUUCAAGUUUUGAUUUACUAUUGGAGCAGUUGAAUAUAACUUGUAAUUGAUUAUACACAAUUUUGUUCUGAGUGCUGUAGUAAAAAUCUGAGUUGGUUUUGCUGCUGAGUGGGGUUGUUACCGUGCACUGUUGUGUAGCCAAUCAUUAUGGUUCUAGUACAGCGGAGUUUUAAUCCAAGCCUGGAGGUCCAGAGUACUGCUGUUUUUCUGUUCUACCUCAUAAUCACCUACACUCACCUGGUGUCCCAGGUCUAAAUCAGUCCUUGAUUAGAGGGGAAGAAUGAAAAUCAGCAGUGGAAUUGGCUUGGAGGUCCAUGUUUGAAUUUGCCUGUUCUAGGAGAUACUUACGUUUCCCUCAUGUCUGUCACUUGGCAUGUCAUUGUCUGCCAUGUCAGAAUCAUCAUUCCAGAGAGAUUCUAGUUGAAGCUUAUUUUGUGUUGUCCGGAUAAUUAUGAACAAUUACUUGUUUAUUUCCCUCCAGAUUAUUUCUCCAUACACAAUGUGAUUGUUUCUUUCUACUAAUGCCUUUGUCUCCUGUUGCGUAUUAUCAUCCAUGUAAUUUGGUGUUGGAUCCUUUUUCGUGACCAUUUUUUAAAAAUGAUUAACUAUUCCAAAUGCAAUGCCAAAUGUUAGCCUUCCUUCAGAUAAAUUAAAUGUUAUCUUGCUAUCUAAAACAUUUCGGUAAUGUUGAAGCCUCCAAACACCAGUGCUAAGUCUGAUAAUGUAAAUGCGACCUAAGUUAGCCUACUAAACACAUCAUGACUGAGACACAAGGGGUUUUGUGAUUUCAGCUUUGGAAGGAAUAAAGAAAAUUUAAAAAAAUCUGCUACGCCUUAGUACCUCCUACAGUGACUAAUAUUGGAAAACUUGCUGCUCAAUGGAAUUUAUAGACUUUAUGUUGACAAUAUAGAAAUAGUAUCGGUCCAACAUGCCUUGACUCUUUAGUCAUGUUGAUAUCGUCACUAUCUGAUGAAAACCUGUUCAGGAAAAAAAUACCUUAUUUUCCCAUUAACGAGAGUACAAUUAUGAGACAUCAAGCUAUUUUGAAUACACUUUCUUGGCCUUAGUCUUGAAAUAUACAUUGAGGGAAGUUACUGCUUUCAAUAAUUUGUAUAAUAAAAAUUCAAAUAGUCAAAAACGGAGUUAAAGGUUUUUGUCAGAUGGCGACAAUAUUUUACUAUACAUUUACUAUAUAACCAUUUUUGUAUAUGUUUUUUAAUGUGAAAUGAAAGGUGAACUAGUUUUUCAGGCACUGAUUUUACAUUUCCGUAAAAAAAAAAAAAAAAUGUGUCCGUUUGUAAUCUUUCCUGUCUUAAGUCUAAGUCAUAUUUUGUUGACAAUCAGCUAAUUAUCUUUAGAUUGCUGUGUUAACAAUCCUUUUGACUACCUUUCAGAUAUGGUCACUCAAAAUCAAUUGACAUUAGAAGUUUGGGAUGUUUGGAAUAAUAAAAAAAAAUAGGAGUGUUGAAGAAUCUGUUACAUUUUGUUCCUCAGAAUGCGAUGUUGAAUCGCCACAUAGUGCAAGUCACCUACUCAGGAAAAUGAUUCAAUCUCAAUGAGAGAUUUGCAACCAAGGAGAGACUUCCAACCAAUAACUACUUGUUUUGUAAGCUUUGACAAUAUGGCAAAGUAGUUACUACUUGGCUCAAAUGACAGGAUGGGUGGAGGUAGCAGGUUUUGUUGCCUCUUGAGACUCAUUAUUACUCCUCACAGGAAUUGCCUUCUAUGGACUAAAGUUGCAUUGUUAUGGGUGAACAAAGCCCUAAUGCAAAGCGCAGGUCUCAUCCUGUUGCUAUGCAUUCUCAGGAAAUGUUACAGAAGAGUUAUCGAAAUAUAUGAAUGCAUUUGACGUGCCUUUCAACCAGGAUGGUAUUUUGGCCUACAUUAUCAUUGAUGAUACUUGUUUGGGUCAUUUAAUACGUAUAAUGUUUUCCUAUGGAAUUUUAUUCCGAUCUGUUUUGUUACAGUCAGGACAGUUUUGCCUCGUCCUUAGUGUAAUUUGGUCGACAUUCCAGUAGAUGUCGGUAUGUAGAUAAAGUUAAAGCACUGUUUGGCUUGCUUUAUUGCUUUGGUAAAUUUUUCACCUGUUACUGUGGUUAUGGAUUGCAUUUCAAGAUCGUCGCCAAUUUAACUUUCUCUGUAAAGCAGUUUGUGAACCAAAGUGAAAUGAGAAAGUAAUCAAGUAUAACCUCAACAAAAGUUCAAGAUCAAACCAUUUUAAAACUCCAUUUUAAAAUGUGCUCUGGAGAAAUGAAUGGAAUUUGUGUAUAUCGGGAAAAACAAAACUUUCUAAGCCUUAGCUAGUUCUACUGUAUUUCCAUCUUCCAGCUUAGCUUAGUUCCCUUGAUCUCCUUAGGGAGAAUUAGAGAAAUGCUUAGAUACAAGAAUGUGUUGACUCAGCCAUAAGUUGAAAAGAAACAAUGAAAAUCAUGGUGUUGGUGUAAUUCUUGUAAACCAUUACAUGGGAUGUCUCAAUGGAAAAAUGUCCUGAAAUGUGCCUAUUGAGGGAACUGUGGAUGAAAUAUCAACUCAGGUGUUGAACAAACCAUGUGUCUUGGUUGGUUGACAACAGCACACCCACCAAGGAAUGGGGCCAUAAUCCCCAGGUUCACUCAGAGGAAUCCUUCAGUGCAUAGGACUUUGGCUUCUCUGCUCUGCAGAACCUCUGACUGAACUCUCUGCUGUCUACCCAACGUGAGUAUGUGUGCACGGAUGCAUGCUGUCCUCUUCUUACUGUUAACUUAUUUCAAAAAUGAAGUGAACAAUCUGUACUCUUAUCUUUUUGUUUUACUUUGUGCACUUGCAAAGGUGUGAAAUAUCAUUUAAAUGGAUGGAAUAUAUUUUAUGAUUGCGAUGCAUGCUUUUCCAUGUAUGUAGUCUACUUUUUAGGAUUUUUUUAUUUAUUUUUACCUGAAAAUGUUAUUUCUGCUGACAUGAAAGUCUGAGACAUCUGUUUCAAUGUCUUGCUUUUAUCUCCUCUUACUUUUAACUUAAGAGGACACGCUGUAACAAAAUAAUUUCCUAUAAUUGUUUUCCAUUCCUUUUUGAGUUGUUUUUGUACCAGAUCAAAGACACUGCUGCAAGCUGGUUUCCUUGUUAACGAUUUCCUUGUCAAUAAACAAUAUCAUGCUCAGA